AUGCCUUCCGACUUUGUGAUCAACUUUUUGGCCGGUGGUGUCUCCGGAGCUGUCGCCAAGACCACCACCGCUCCCAUUGAGCGUGUGAAGCUUUUGAUCCAAACUCAAGAUGCUAACCCCAAGAUUAUCAGCGGAGAAGUCGCACGUUACACUGGUAUCGUUGACUGCUUCACCCGUGUCGCCAAGGAACAAGGAGUCAAGGCUUUCUGGCGUGGUAACUUUACCAACAUUGUCCGUUACUUUCCCACCCAAGCAUUCAACUUUGCUUUCAAGGAUGGUAUCAAGGCCAUGUUCCCCAAGGCUGACAAGAACACUGAAUUCCUCAAGUUCUUCAUGAUCAACGUCGCCUCUGGAGGUCUUGCCGGAGCUGGAUCCCUCAUGAUCGUCUACCCCUUGGAUUACGCCCGUACCCGUCUUGCCUCUGAUGUCGGUGGCGGAAAGGCACAAUUCGAUGGUUUGUUUGACUGCAUCAAGAAGACCGUCGCCUCCUCUGGUAUCGCUGGUCUUUACAACGGUGUCGGAGUCUCUGUCUUUGGUAUCAUUCCUUACCGUGGAACCUACUUUGGACUCUUUGAUACCCUUUCCGGAUACAACCCUUACCAAAAGGACGAAUCCAACGUCUUGCGUGCUUCUUCCAAGUUUGCCUGCGCCCAGAGUUCCGCAAUCGCUGCCGGAUACGUCUCCUACCCAUUCGACACCAUCCGUCGUCGUUUGCAGAUGCAAUCUGAGGUUCCAAAAGAAAAGUGGGUCUACAAGGGAACCGUCGACUGCUUCAAAAAGAUUGUUGCCGAUGAAGGAGCUGCUGCCCUUUUCAAGGGAGCCGGUGCCAACGCCCUUCGUACCGUCGGAGCCGCCCUUGUUCUUGUGCUCUACUCUGAAAUCACUGCUGCCUUCAAGAACUAA